UCAAAGUGUCGGUUGGAGUAUUUUUAGGAGCAAUUAAGUUAGUGGGUGUGUGGUUCAAUUUUAUUAGGGAAGUUGUUGUUUACUUAGUGGGAUAUGAUCCUACUUUAACGUGAAGUUUGUUUCAGUUUUAGUAGUAUAAAGGGGUAUUUGGAUCCGAUUCUUAAAAUUGCUUCUGCUCCUUCAGGGAGCAGAAGUUGGAGUGUUUGGGUGAAAAUGUAGAAAUGAUUCUGGUGUUCUAAUUUACUCCUAGAAUCAGUUUUUUAGAAGUUGGGGGUAUCAACUUCUGAAAACUGAUUCUGUUUCUGCUUCUGCUUUAAAAAAGAAGCAGAAGUAGAAUCAGAAAAUUGAAAUUUAUUGUAGACCUAUUCUCGUGUCUCUGUCCAUCCAUUACUAUGUUAUUUUCCUCACAUUUUCUGGCUGAGAGUUCCUCGUUUUCCGCCAUUAAUGAUGUUUUGGAGCUCAAGAAAGGGACAUUUUGAAACUCCGCCGGAUCCCCACCAAAAACCAGCCCCUGUAGCCGUCCUUGCUCCGCUGCAACCGCCCGUGCCGCCGUCGGUAAGUGGCCAGCGCAGACAGUUUGGCCUUGGAUCAGUAAACGGGUGUUUCAACUCUCUUUCCAAAAGAUAAGGAUACUUUAUGUCGAUCUGAGACCUUGGUUCUCAAGGGGCCACGUCCCUAGGAAAAUCAAAAGGAAUCAACUCAAUCAAGCACUCAAUUCAGAAGGGACAUGCUCCUCCAUUAUUUGGCAGUCAACGAAAGGCUCUCAACCCAGUUGACAACUUCAAAGAAAAAGCUAAGUACCCGUGCUUUAGAUUGGUGCAUUUAAUUUUUACUCCGUAAUAGUUUGGAUUGCUAUUCUUACUAUUACUCCCUCCCUUCAAUACUUUGUCAUGUUUGACCGACACGAGAAAUAAUAAAGUAAAAACUAUGUGGUUGAGAUAUGUGCAGAGGAGAGAGAAAUGAUAGGAACCACAAAUUCAUUGAUUAAAAGGGAAAGUGGUAAAGUUUUUGGGACAUCCAAAAAAGGAAAGAUGACAAAAUUAUAAGGGACGGAGAGAGUAUUUGUUAUCACCAGCGAUUAAUAAAGAUUAAAAUAUCCCCAAAGUAAGUAGUACCGAGCAAAGCUCUAGCGAUAAAUGUCCACCGUCAUUUUAAUUAAAUGGCUGUGUUGGUGGGCUCGUGGGCCAACCCCGGUCGACCUUAAUAAGCGAUCAGAGCGUAUUUGAAUGGCCUAUAGGAUAAGUAUAAUUACUAUUGCCUCUCAUAUAACUAUUAUUUAUUAGGGAUUAAAAGAUCCCGAAAUUAAAAAUUGUCGAGCACAGCUCCAAUGAUAGGUUAUUCCAUCAUCAUUUUGAUGUAAUGACUAUUUUUAAAUGGCCCAUCGGCCCACUCCUGAUCGGCUUUCAUUAGCCGUUGGAGCAUCUUCGGUGGCAUUGCCCCAAUGACGCGUUUCUUUUAGGGUACACACUGUCACACCCCGGACCUACCCGGACACGUCAACAACCCGCCGUACAGUACGAAUAGUCAACCGCAGUCCAACUCAUCCAUACUAUACAAGGCGCCUUGAAUACUAUUCACACAUAGUACAUCCAUAAACAAGCAUAAUGUAAAUCAUUCAUUUAAAACAGCGGAAGCAUUUAAUAAAGAUGUCUUAGCCACACUUUGGCAAACAUGGACAUACAAGCCCCCAAAUAGUUAUUCAAAAAUAGUAUCCAUGAGCAUUGUUAUAAUUGUUUUGAAAACAGGAAACAGAAGAAGCACGAACCACGUCUUCUCCCUUGGAAAUCCCUGAAGCAACGGGCGCCGGUAGCAACCUUCAAGUCCUACCUGAAACUGUGAGGUAGCCUCCCCCGUGAAGGGGAAGUCAGUACUUGGAAAUAUUUGACAAGUACAAUAGCAACUAUACUAAGUAUAAUCAACGUUUUAAUUUCCAAGACCCCCGUCUUAGGGUACUAUUAUAUUAUAGGCCAUAAGCCUCGGUUACCCCUUUUUACCUUUAACUGUACUUACUUUACAUAAAGUCAAGUAGACGGCCCGUAGGCCCAUAUUCAUUUAGAAUUCACCGUUCCCAUUCCCCCGUGACCGCGAGUCACGAUAACCCCGUGGGGUCCCAUCGAGCCCCAAUUGUAUUGCAUGGGCUCGGCCCAACUACAUCUCUAUACAAUCCUCUAACUCGAUGUAUCAUAUCAACAUUUGUAUGGCAAGGGCUCGGCCCAACUACGUUUCCAUACCAACCAUAACUUCGUGGCAAGAGCUCGGCCCAACUACGUUUCCACGGAGGUCACAUAUACAUGGCAAGGGCUCGGCCCAACUACGUUUCCAUGCUAAUCAUAUUACAUGGCAUGGGCUCGGCCCAACUACAUCUCCAUGUCAUCCUAGAGUCCAACUCUAUUUAUUUUCAUAAUCAAAUUCUCAAGCAAGUCCUAUGCCUAGAAUCAAUUUCCGGAGGUGGCCUUUAGGCCUACGCCUAAUCUCUCCUUAGUGUUCAUGUCAUUCAUCCUUAAGUAUCUCUUGAGACUACUUAAGGCAUAUCUAUCCACAAUCCUACCUCUUAGGAUUUAUUUCAUCAUUUAUUUAUAUUAAUUCCCCGACUAGUAUUUUGAUACUAAUAGGAUAACCUUAGAACAUGCCAAGUUCCUAUUCCCCAUAUUGCAUUUCAUUUCCAUUGAUUUCUCAACCCAAGUAUAGUUUAAUCUCAAUAUCAAAAAUAUCACUUUAAUCCAUUCAUGAAGUUCAUACAUGAAGUAAAGGAUAUUUUAUCACAAUGUCAUCUUAGUAAUUCCAUUAACAUGCCAUUCCAUUUAUUUCACAUAAUCAUACACAAUUAUUCUAAAUUUGUAUGUCAUGCUUCACUUACUCAUUUUCAUAUUAUUUUCAUUUAGACAUUAUUAAUCUUUAAUAGUCCAUGAAAAUCCCAUCUAAUUACUUUAGGCAUUCUUAUGAAAUUAACUCACUAAUUAUAAGCAAUAUAGUCAGCCAUCCUCACCUCGUGAUGUGCUACAAUAGUUGCCUUUGUUACGCCCCUCGAUCAAUCCCCGUUCUAGGCCGAUUGAAAGGCAGAACUGGACUGCCUGGGCAAAAGCCGGGCGGCUUUCGUGGUCUGCAACUGCGACUAGCUCCUUUGAAGUGGUGGUUUCCGGCGAUUUCGACUCCUAUCGAUUUGCCAACCCUCCUAAGUUAAUUACCACCACUUUAUAUCAAUAUUCUACACUUUUAAACGUGUAGAACUCAUGGUUUAAUCCACCAUAUGAUUUCUUAAAAAUCAUACAAUAAUAAAACUAGUUAAAGAUUGUUUAUUGAGUUCUUACCUCAAAAACAACCCUCUUCUCUUUGGAUUCUCUUCCUUGCUGCUUGGACUAUGAAAGGAGGCUUCCCUAGAGCUUCUCUCUUUGCCUUGGCCGAGUGGAUGAGUGAGGAAAUGGUAGGAUAAGUGAUCAACACCAUCCACCUAAGUCAACCCACAAAAUAAGGGAGUAGGGUAAUGGUGGGUAUGGGUUUUGUCUCUUGGAGACUUCCCACCUACUAGGUACACCCCCUCCAGCUGCUUCCUUGUCAUUUGCAGCACAUUGGGUCGUGGGGUGGCCCCCACUCAUGUGGGAGGUCAUCCCCUUAUGCCCCGAUGUGUAUAAUCGGCCCCGAAAGUUGUAUUUUUCGGACUGUUUUAGUCAUAUUUUAUUUUAUCGGACCGGAUAAAAUAUAUCACGCGUUCCCAAUAAUUAUGGGCAUUUAGAAUGGAUGUAUAUUCCCCAACAUUAAUUUAGGAGUCUCCGAAACUCAUUUCGGGCUGUUAUCCGUUAAAUUGCCAAUACCGGUAAUUGGGCCCCGUUUGACCAACCGGUCAACGCCAUGCCUUUCUUAUGGCCCAAAUAAGAUAUAUACCACUAUAUACAUAUUAUCCAGACCAAGAUGAAUAUAAUAUGUGGUUCGGGAAUUAUCGGGCGGUCCACAUUCCCGCUGUGGGCCCCACAUGCAAUUUACUAUUCACGUAAAAGAAAUAAUAAAAAUUUACAAUUACGCAAAUUCAUCAAUCAUCUUUAGAGGUUUAUUACAUAAUUUACUAAAAGUAAAUAUGCUCGGGGUCGGUGUUACACACACGAUCCCACACGGCACCAAGUGCUCGGCCGACGAUCGUACCCCAAUACCAUUUACGCCGCUAGGUGCGAGGUGAUUGUUUGCCAAUCGCGGCCCAUGGGGCCUAAGGGCACCGAGGCGCUUAACUUUUAGGAGGGAAUGCACCUGACGUGGGGUUGAAUUUACAAUCUCACGGGCCGAUGAUUGUUUCUAUGUGACGUCCGGCAAGCCACAAAUGGCCCUGCUAUGGACAACUAUGCCCAGGAACCCCGCACGAUGAGUCGGGCCGAAGGUCAUGAUAACCUGUAGACCGGUAAUAGAAAACGUUAAAAAAAGAGAAAGGUGUGCACAUAGGUAUUUAUACGUAUUUGUACAUCGUUGGGCCAUGCGGCCCUGUUACCAUGCUUAUUUUGCAGUUGAAGCCGCUCGAUGUGUUCGAACAAAGCAGUUAAAUGAUGCUCGACAUGAAUCCCGAAGACAUUCAAGGCCGGCUAAAAAAGAGAAAUCACAAAUCGCACGUGGACCAUAAUGCCGAAUGAUGACCAGCCCCCCAACGCAACGUGUUUAUCUCUCGAAGACUAGAUUCCUCCUUGCCUCGCGCGGAUGACGACCGUUUCAAAAAUAUUUGUGGAUUCGGCCUUUCAAUGCUGACGUCCUUAUAUCAUGACCAACCUUUUGAAACGGCGUGCUCCCCUACUUGAAGACCGGCCUUGUCCCCGCUCCUCGCGGAUGAGGACCGUUGAUUGAUUCUUUCAGAUCGGCCCCUAGUGCCGACAUCAUCAUAUGGCCACCGACCCCCUGUUACGGUGCCAUCGUCAUAUUUGAAGACCGGCCUUGUCCCCGCUCCUCACGAAUGAGGACCAUUGAUUGAUUCUUUCAGAUCAGCCCCCACUGCUGACAUCAUCAUAUGGCCAUCGACCCCCUGGUACGGUGCCAUUAUCAUAUUUGAAGAUCAGCAGCGUCCCCGACAUCAUCUAUAUAUAUAGAGGGGCACCAGGGAAUCCCCAAAGGGGAUAAACCCGUUCCUCACCGACUACGACGACUUAGUUCAGCUCAGGAUCCAAAGGACCGGGCUAAAGGGCGAGUACGACGAGCGGAUGAUGGAAUGAAGAACUGGCCUCGUCCCCGCUCCUUGUAGAUGAGGGUCGUUGAUUGAUUCUUUCAGAUCGGCCCCUAGUGCCGACACCUUUAUAUAGCCACCGCCCCCCUAGUACGAUGCCAUCAUCAUAUUCAAAGACCCCUAAAAAAGAAAAAGAAAAAAGGAAAAUAUAUAGAGGGGCACCGGGGAAUCCUCAAAAGGAUAAACUCGUUUCCCAUCAAAAUUGCGGCCUAGCUCAGCUCAAGAUCCAAAGGACCGGGCCUAAGAGCGGGUACGACGAGCGGAUAGACGAAACGAAGAAUUGGGGAAUCCCCAAGGGGAUAAACCCGUUUCCCAUCAAAAUCGUGGUCGAGCUCAGCUUAGGACCCAAAAGACCGGGCCCAAGAGCAGGUACGCUGAGCGGGUGGCGAAACGAAGAAAAAGCCAAAAAAAAAAAAAUAAAGGGCGGGGGAAUCCCCAAAGGGGAUAAACCCGUUCCUCACCGACUACGACGACCGAGCUCAGCUCAGGAUCCAAAGGAUCGGGUUAAAGGCGGGUACGACUAGCAGAUGAUGGAAUGAAAUCUUAUGCCACAUGAUCGGCCCCUCACAGACUACGACGGCCUAGCUCACCUCAGGAUCCAAAGGACCGGGCUAAAGGACAGGUACGACGAGCAGAUGAGGAUCACAAUCUUAUGCCGCACGAUCAGCCCCUCACAGACUACGACGACCUAGCUUAGCUCAGGAUCCAAAGGACCGGACUAAAAGGUAGGUACGACGAGCAGAUGAGGACCACUAUCUUAUGCCGCACGAUCGGCCCCUCAGUGACUACGACGGCCUAGCUCAGCUCAGGAUCCAAAGGACCGGGCUAAAGGGCAUGUACGACGAGCAGAAGAGGACCACUAUCUUAUGCCGCACGAUCGGCCCCUCACAGACUACGACGGCCUAAGCUCAGCUCAGGAUCCAAAGGACCGAGCUAAAAGGCAGGUAUGACGAGCAGAUUCGCACGCUCACUACUCAAGAAACUGAGGGACUUGUGUUGAGAUAUAUUACCCUGGCCUACCACUGUUUAGGAGCCCAAGACGUUACUUAGCGCGAAACCCGAUCAGUGAGGUCCAUUUAGGCUUAUCGGGCCCGUAUCGGCCCAUCUUGGCCCAUUUGGCCCAUUAGGGUGGAAUACCCCCCCCAUUAUAAAGUCCUUACUGGUUCAGUGUUUCAAUGGAUUGACUUUAUUUGGAAAUUCAAAUUUAAUUACACAUGUACCAAAGUAUAAUAUUUAAGGUUUUGUUUAAUUUGGAGGCCCCCUAAAACUUGGGGCCCUAGACAUUUGCCUAGGUCAAGUGGCCCCAUGGCCGACCCUGUCUGCACUCCCAUAAUAUCCUCUCUCUUUUCCUAUGUCCGCUUGUUCUUUUUCCAGGUAGAUUCCGGUUGCGACGAGAUUUCCGGCCACAUUGAGGAAGACAAUGAUGGGCAGUAGGCUCCAUUAGUGGAUACAGCGGAAAAGUUGGUUCCUAUUUUUUGCCUGACCAUUGCGAAGUUGCUGGGAAGAAUCGGGGUAUCAACUAUGGGAGUGAGGAUGCGUACAAGAAAGAGGGAAACAAAGAAACGAAGGAAAAGGAAAGGGAUUGAGGACAAUAAGGCGUGCCAAGAUGGCAUGCUCAAGCCUUAAGCCUUUGAAGCCUAGGCGAGUUUAAGCGAGGCGUAGGCGUGAAAAGGCGUUUCAAGUUUUUUCCCUUUAUUUUAAUUUUUCUAGAGUUAUUUUUAUAUGUGUAAAUUUAAUAUGGAUGCACUAGACAAUACUUCUUUGUCCCACUACCUUGCCUAAUUGUUUUUCUUUUUUAUCCAUCCCAUUAAGUUAGUAUCAUACAAUAUUUGAUAAUAUUUGUGUGGUUCUAAUUCAGUCUUAAUUUUAUUUUCACAUUUUAUCAGUUAAAUACUAAUUACAUAAUUUUAAUUUUCUUAAUAAUCACCACUCUAUUCGGACAAAAGUAAUAUCAUACAAGAGCAUCAUACUUUUCAAAUUACCAACAACAUUUAUCUCUAAAGUCGUAAAUCUCACAAAUACAAAUUGACCUAUUACAUAAAAUUAGAAUUGAAUAAGAUAACUGUAUUGUAAAAUAAUAUUCAUGAUGAUUACAAAAAGGACAUUGAUGAUAAUGCUUAUAAUUAAUAAUAUAGUAUUAAUAAUAAAUAUUAGUGAUUGUUUACUUGUUUAGUGUAUUUAUUAAAAAAAUCAAAACAAAGUUCAAUAAGUGGGUGCGUAGAAAAAUUGGAGUUGUAUAAGUGGAACCAUAGCUAAAGUUGAAAACCUUUUCUUAUAAUGCGUAUUUGAAUUUGUCUCACACCGGAAGAAAGAGGAGAAUUCCUGUUUACGAUGCUCAAUAAAUACGUCUUCGCUUCCUUUGAAAAUUCAACAGCUUUCUGAGUCAAGAAUGGCUAUGGGCACUCCAAGUUUUGGGGUUUGAGUCCAAAGGAAUGCCUUUUGCAGCACCAAAUGGGUGUGCGAGGCAUUUGGUUGGCGCAUCACGCCUACUCCCGCCUAUGCGGUGCCUUUUGAAGUGUUUUAGAACAGUGGGUGAGGCGUACAAUUUUAAGGAAGAAAGAAAAGAAAAACAGAAAAAAAUGUCACAUAGUGUGCCACACGGACAACCACUUAUGUAGCUAUCCUAGAAAUCGGUUGAUUAUCGGGUAAACAGCCUAAUUGAGCGUUUUUAAUAGUGCGAGGAUUUAAUUGGGUGUUUUCAAAGUACGUAGACUUAAUUGACUAUCUGUACAAAGUAGGAGGACUUAUAUGACAACUUUCUCUAUAGAAGAAUCAUAAUGAAGAAUCUACAAUCAUUUCACGCAAAUUAAAAAUGUCAAUCCUCUCAGAUCUACAUUUGUCCCUAAUUGUUCUUUUACGUAUAUAGACCCUUUUAUUUCAACAUUGAAGAAUCUAAUUAUCAUCAUUUUCGCAGAAUGAAAUAUUAGUUGGUUGUUGUUGGUCCGACUCUAAGCAUAUCUAUACAGAAUUUGGUUUUGGAAGAUGAAUCUUAGCUUGCCCCAUCUCUCUUGUUCUUCUUUGAAAUUUGGUUUUUGAAGAUGAAUCUUGUCCUGCUCCGUCUCCUUUAUUUUUCUUUGGUUGAGAUUUCAUAAACAAGGCAUUACAUAGAUUAGUGGUAACACUGAAACUAAUUUAUUUUUAUUUACUUAUUUAUAUUGGGGGCUUUGCAUAGAAAAUAUGUGGUUGUAUAGAGAAUUUCCCUUUUUGUGAAGAAAAAUAUAGCAUCAAUCAAUUAAAUCCUUUGCUAACUAACUUACAAUCUUUCUCUAUACAAAACGAAGUGGAAUGGCUGCCACUUUUUCUGCCCAUUUCGCUGGGUAAAAAAUGGGUCAAACAUGUGAGAUUCAGUUUUGACAGGUUUGGGUCCACAUCUGUUGAAUAAUUUUUUUUUGUUUAAAAUUUUGUCAAUUACGAUGCCAUUGAAGCCAACAGAAUGAAAUCGUUUUGCGGACAACAGAGUUCAAUUUCAAAAUCGUCAAAUGCAUUAAAUUCGGGUAGUUGGGCAAUUAAUGAGGUGGUUGGGCAUUAAAGAGGUGGUUGAGGGGUUAAGCUUAUUACACACAGGGUAUUUCAUCCUUAUUGCAACAAUUCCGAAUUCACUAUAAAUAGGGAGUUAAGUUCACUUCGAAUUCACCAUCACACCAUGGCAACAAACACAUAAAACCUCAACCAAAUAGCAGUAAUUUGUACUCUAUGAUAAAGGAGGUUGACCACACCAGGUCAACUUGGGCUCUCAGCGUAAGGGUUGUGAGGGCUUAUGAGAUGCCCUCUUAUUCAAAAGGUGGUCAAUGAAUGGACGUCGUUUUUCAGUUUUCACGAUGAGGAGGGGGACUGUAUUCAUGCAGUCAUAAAGAGGCCGUUCAUGCCUGAUAGACUAAUUGAGUUGACUUUGGAAGAUCCAGAGGAAAUCGCAUUGGGUGCACUUUGUGGAAUAACUACUACAAGCAGUUCACAGAUUUUCAUGAUCUGCACAAGGAUGAAGCCAUCUAUAUCAUCCUCCAGAUGGGAAGACCUAAACGCUAUCAAGGUCAAGUUUUGGAAAGUACUUCUAAUGAUGUUUCUAAGUUGAUAAUGAACAUAAGUACACCAGAACUUGAAGACUUCAAAGCAGAAUGGAUGUCUUUCUACACACUACUCACAAGCACCACACUAGGAGGAGGCUAUAGCAAACCACUCUCUACUCUCCACCAAGGACCUCUCUACUCUCACACAAAGGAAAGGAAGAAGAAGGGAGCUCUGC